ACCAUUUCGCGGCAUCGUCGCCAUUUUAUGCGUACUUGGUUGUUCACAAUUAGCUUCAAAUAUAAUAAAAGCUGUUUUGUACACUGGAUUUACGACAACUUUGAUGUAAACUACCAUCAACAGAUACGUGAGCGGAUACAAUUUCUUCUGUUUUAAGAUCGUGAGCAAAGAUACCUUGUCAGACCGGUUUCUUUGAACCCUGCCCUUGUUUUGCUUGGAAAUAAUCACACCCAUGUGUGAUUCUUACAAUUUUCUUCAUGAAGAAAAAGAAGAGACCAGAUGAUGUGCCAUGCCCAGUUCUCACUCAUUGCGUAAAGAGAAGGUCAGAUGAGGCACCAUCUCCUGAUUCUUACUUCUCUGUAAAAAAGACAGCAUCAAUGGAUCCAUUGUUUGCGUCCAGUUACACAACUCAGCAUUAUGGAGAUAAACGUCUGAGAUUAAAUGAGGUGACAUCUCCAGUAUCCUCACUUCUUCAAACGAUUGAGUUGAACACUGGAGCACAAAGAUCCACUGGAAAGAACCAACCACCAGAUGAGGCACCAUCUCCUGCAGCUUCAUACUGCUCUUUCAAAAGCAACCCUUCAGUGAAUUGGCAGUAUGUGUUAAAUAACAUAAUUCAGCCGUAUGGUGUAAAAAGUCUAAGACCAGAUGAACCAUCACCUGAAAACAUAAUGUCUGAAAGCUUCCUUGAUGAUAUAGUGGAUGUGUUGAACAGUGAUGACUACAAUUGCAUUGACUGUGAAAAUGUGAGACCAUUUACGGCACUAUCUUCAGCACCCUCACACCUCUCUGUAAAGAGUGAUCAGUCAAUUGAUGGACCAGUUGUGUUGAACAGUGAAGCACAAAGUACCAUGGCAGAUAAGUAUCUACAACCAUAUGAAGCAGCAUCUCCUGCACCUUCCUAUAUAUCUCUGAAAAGUGAUCAGUCAGUGGAUCGGCCGAUUGUUCUAGAAGAGGAAGCACUGAAUGACUUGUUAAGAAGACAUGUAAGCAGAGUUGAAGCUGGUGUGCCCACUGAUGUGGGAGCACAGAGUUACAUGGACAGAAGUCAAAGACCAGAUGAGGCACCAUCUCCUUCAACCUCAUGCUUUUCUUUAAAAAGCAACCGUUCAAUGGAUCGACCAGUUGUGUUCAGUGACAGAACUCAGCCUUGCGAUGUUAAACGUCUGAGAUUAAAAGAGGCACCAUCUCCAGCACCGUCAUUCCUGUCUAUGGAGAGUAAUCAGUCAAUGGAUAGGCCGAUUGUGUUAAAAAAUGAAAAUUUAAAAUUAUGUGAAGCAGCAUCUCCUGCACCUUCCUAUAUAUCUCUGAAAAGUGAUCAGUCAAUGGAUCGGCCGAUUGUUCUAGAAGAGGAAGGACUGAACAACUUGUUAAGAAGACAUGUAAGCAGAGUUGAAGCUGGUGUGCCCACUGAUGCGGGAGCACAGAGUUACAUGGACAGAAGUCAAAGACCAGAUGAGGCACCAUCUCCUUCAACCUCAUGCUUCUCUUUAAAAAGCAACUGUUCAAUGGAUCGACCAGUUGUGUUCAGUGACAGAACUCAGCCUUGCGAUGUUAAACGUCUGAGAUUAAAAGAGGCACCAUCUCCAGCACCAUCAUUCCUGUCUAUGGAGAGUAAUCAGUCAAUGGAUAGGCCGAUUGUGUUAAAAAAUGAAAAUUUAAAAUCAUGUGAAGCAGCAUCUCCUGCACCUUCCUAUAUAUCUCUGAAAAGUGAUCAGUCAAUGGAUCGGCCGAUUGUUCUAGAAGAGGAAGGACUGAACAACUUGUUAAGAAGACAUGUAAGCAGAGUUGAAGCUGGUGUGCCCACUGAUGCGGGAGCACAGAGUUACAUGGACAGAAGUCAAAGACCAGAUGAGGCACCAUCUCCUUCAACCUCAUGCUUCUCUUUAAAAAGCAGCUGUUCAAUGGAUCGACCAGUUGUGUUCAGUGACAGAACUCAGCCUUACGAUGUUAAACGUCUGAGAUUAAAAGAGGCACCAUCUCCAGCACCGUCAUUCCUGUCUAUAAAGAGCAAUCAGUCAAUGGAUAGGCCGAUUGUGUUAAAAAAUGAAAAUUUAAAAUCAUGUGAAGCAGCAUCUCCAGCACCUUCCUAUAUAUCUCUGAAAAGUGAACAGUCAAUGGAUCGGCCGAUUGUGUUAAAAAAUGAGAAUUUAAAAUCACGUGAAGUAGCAUUUCCAGCACCUUCCUUCAAAUUUCUGGAAAGUGAUCAGUCAAGAGACAGAAUACAGAAUUACAGCACACUUUCAGCCACUCUGCUGACAGAGGAUCACUACAAAUGCUCAGUGUGCACAAAGGUCUUCAAGAAUCCAGUUUCCAUCCCCUGUGGACACUGUUACUGCAAACACUGCAUUGAGAUCUACUGGAGCGAACCAACUCAAGGAAAAAGUUACACUUGUCCUCAGUGCAGAAAGAAGUUCAGAAGUCGCCCUCUUUUAAACGUAAAUUUGGCUUUAGGGAAACUGAUUGAGGAACUCCAGAAGGCAGGGUUUAGUCCUGCUCUUCCUGCUCACUGCUACGCUGGACCUGAAGAUGUGCCCUGUGAUAUCUGCACUGAGAUGAAGCUCAAAGCUGUUAAAACCUGUUUGACCUGCACUGUUUCUUACUGUGAGACCCACGUCAGACAGCACUACACAGUACCAGCACUGCAGAGACACAAUCUGGUGGAGGCUAUUGAUCUACCACAAAACGAAAAAGAAAGCAAUGCAUUUACAACCAGAUUGACAGAACUGGAGAUGACCUUGAAAGAAAGAGACAUGCAGGCAAAACGUUUGUGUAAAGGAUUUGAAAUCCACUGUAUUGAUUUCCCAUCUGAUGUGAUUGAGAUGGCUGCUCUAGGUCACUCUUUGAACCUUGGAAUGUUGUACAACAGUCACAGUAAUUCAUUCUUCCAAGAUAUCAUGUUAGAGGAGGACACAAUUGCCUAUAUGAAGGUGUCUCUGCCUCGGCCACAGAAAUGCAUUAAGAUUUUAAAGCAGGACUCCAUCCAAGAGAGGUUCAAAGCAUUGGAUAUCUCCCGUACAUUGCUACAGAAAAGCAAAUCUGCACUUACAAAGCUAUCUGGAGCUGCAGCCUUUCUGAACCACCCAGAACAGUCUCAACAUCAGGACAGAGUUACACUACACUACCGAAUCACCACCAGACUGGACUUAAUUAGCCAAAGACUGUUACAAGAAGUAAAUUUCCCAUCAGUCAUUAAUGAAACCACAGCUACGCAUGUGAUCAUUGGCGUGUGCUAUGGUGCUCAGGCUGUCUUUGUUUUUGAUGAUACUAAUGAGAGAAUAAGCACAGAGAGACAUGCAGAAAUGGAAAAUAUUCUUAAGAAGAUCACCACCACCCCUAAUACAAGAAAUGUAUUUUCAAGUCUUACUGAAACAGAAAAAACAAACAGCAGUUAUUAUUGCUGCAGUCUGUACAGUGAUGUGGGUGACUGGAAGAGUCCAGUGUCUUUUAAUGAGGCACUGGAGAUCUGUGAAUCUCUGCCAACAGUGCUUGGAUCUAAAGGUGAGAAAGCAGUUCCUCUGAAGGUCUGGCUCUACCCUCUGAAGAAACUGGACAAGAGCUUUGUGUGUGCUGCUCUGAGUGGAGUCAGUGAGAACUCGAUGCAAAGAGCUGAGAACAUUCUGGAACAUCUGAGAAAACGGAUCAGGAUCUGUCAGGACAUGAUAACAGACUACAUCAAUGUAAAGGUGAUUAUGUGGUUUCCUGCCAUGAAAGACAAACUAAUACAGUUUGCAGGUCUUUUGCAGGAAUAUAAGACGUAUUUUCACAGAAGAGUUGCAGAAAUUGGCAAGUCUACACACAUGGCACAAGAGGAACAAGAGAAGAGUCUACAAGUUCUCUUUGCAACCCAUGACCAUUCACAAUUCAGUGAAGAUAAAACAACUCAAUGGCUGGAGAAUAAAGAAACUGAAAUUAAGAUUCUCAAUGAUUGUAGAGCUGCAGAUAUUACUGUUGUGAAAUCACAGGCAGAGUUACAGCAGGUCAUAAGUCACUCUCAGAUUACCAGGGUGAUGUGUCUCAAACUUUUCUCUCCAGAUUCUGAGGAUUUAUUCCUCACUGCUCUGAGGCAGCACAUUGAUUCUGAUCAAACUGUAUCACAUGAUUCACUGCCAUUGAAGCUGGUUUGCAUCAAUCAGAAGGUUGAUGUACAACUGUUUAUUGCUGACAAAGAGGCAAAUGAAGAUACAGAGCAAACCAAGUUUAUUGCUGCAUUGGUACCUGAUGAUGAUUGUCCAGAAUACUCUGUGCAGUUUUAUCAUAACGGAAGGAUUGAGAGCAGAAAUGUGAAGCUUGGAAUUAAACCAAAUCUUGCACAAAUUGUUCAGAUGCAACACACCAGUGUGUCCCUAAUGCUGAAUCAAGCACAAACCAAAGGCAAUGUGAGAUACGUGGUGGAGUACAGGGCUUUGGGUGAUGAUGGAAAGAACAACAAAUCUUGGAAUCAGAUAAUUUUUGAUGACAAAACUCCAAAGAAAAUCUGUAUGAUAUCGGAUCUGAAGUCUGGCCAUCAGUAUCAGUUAAGGUAUUCAGUUGUUGAGCAGGACUUUAUGAGCAAUUUUAGCAAGAUCAUGAAUUUUAAGACAGCUGUUGCAGCAACACCUGGGCAACCCUCAGUGAAUAAGCCUGACAGAGACACUCUGAGACUGUCCUGGCUGAAGGCUGAAACUGAUGAAGAUUGCCCAGUGCUAUUUUAUAUGGUUGAGUAUAAAGAAGCAGGACUGAAGGGCUGGUCAUCAGUACAAACUCAAGGACCUGAGUGUGAAUGUACUUUAGUUUUACCUCACAGCACGUGCUAUAGAGUCAGAGUCUCUGCUGUCUAUGAGGACAUCACCAGCCAAUCUAGUGAGGAGACACCAGUACCAGUGGAUGUGUGGAUCAUGAAGCUCACAGAGAGGAAAAGCCAUCCUUCCAUCCUCCUAGAAGAGCUGAAACUUCAAACAGAGAAGAAACCACUAGAGCUGAUAGACUGGCCAGAUGAUACAGCUGAUAUAGAAACAAACGGAUUCCUUCAGUGUCUGCCCUACAUCUCACAGCUGAGAUUUGUUGCACCACAGAAUGAAUCAACUCAAAUGCAGAAAAAAAGAAAAAUAUUUAUAAUAGAUUUGUGUCUUCAAGCUGCUCUUCACCUAAAAGAGACAAUAGAAGCAACUGUGCAGAUACUCCUGUCGUCUGUGAAUUAUGAGAAAUCUGAUUUCCUGCUAGAUCUGUAUUCACAUGUGAAGGACUAUGAGACUCAGAAAGGCAAGUGUGUCCUUCCAAUAUUACAGCCAGUUUACCAGUCAGCUCCUGAUGUCUGGAUCAUAGAUCUGUCACAGAGAAAGAGCUCCAUCCUCCUAGAAGUGCUGAAACUUCAAACAGAGAAGAAACCAGUAGAGCUGAUAGACUGGACAUAUGAAGAGAGUGAAGUGAAGGGGUUCCUCCAGUGUCUGCCCUACAUCUCACAACUAAGAUUUGAUGCCUUUGUUUUCUGUGAGAAGAAACCUUUCAAGUUUCUACUGAAUCUGAUUGCUGCGGCAUCAGAGUUUGAGAAAAUCACUAGAGAAAAUUACACUGAACGAUUAACGUCUGUGUGCAGCUACACAUCUUUCCCCUUUGAUAAGAAGCAUUUUGAUGAUUACAAGUAUAAUAUAAUUCAGUCUGAUUUCCUGCUGGAUCUGUACUCACAUGUGAAGAACUAUGACAGUCAAACAGGCAGGAGUGUCAUUCCAGCAUUACAACCAAUUUAUCAGUCAGCUCCUGAUGUCUGGAUCAUAAAGCUCUCAGAGAGAAAGAGCUCCAUCUUCCAAGAAGUACUGAAACUCCAAACAGAGAAGAAACCAGCAGAGCUGAUGGACUUUUCAGAUGACAAUACUGAAGUAAACAGAUUCCUUCAGUGUCUUCCCUACAUCUCACAGCUGAGAUUUUAUUUCUGUGAGGAGCAACCUUUCCCGUUUCUACUGAGUCUGAUUUUUGCAGCAUCAGAGUUUGAUGAAAAGACUGGAGGAAAGUACACUGAUCUGUUAACAUCUGUGUGCAGACUCACAUCUUUGCCCUUUGAUCUUGAUAAUCCCACGUAUCAUAUAAUUCAGUGUGAUUUCCUGCUGGGUCUGUGGUCAAAUGUAAAGGACUAUGAGAUUCAAACAGGCAGGAGUGUCCUUCCAGCAUUACAGCCAAUUUAUCAGUCAACUCCUGAUGUCUGGAGAAUAAAGCUCUCAGAGGAAAAGAGCUCCAUCCUCCAAGAAGUGCUGAAACUCCAAACAGAGAAGAAACCAGUAGAGCUGAUAGACUGGACAGAUGAAGAUAUAGUAAUAAAAAGAUUUCUUCAGUGUCUGCCCUACAUCUCACAGCUGAGAUUUGCUGUACCACUGUGGAAAAAAAUAAAGAGAUUUAUACUAGAUUUGUGUCUUCAAGCUGCUCUCCAGCAGAAUGAGACAAUAGAAGCAACUGUGAAGAUACUGCUGUCACCUGCCAAUUAUGAGAAAUCAGAUUUCCUGCUGGAUCUGUAUUCACAUAUGAUGGACUAUGAGAAUCAAACAGGCACCAGUGUCCUUCCAGAAUUACAGCCAGUUUAUCAGUCAGCUCCUGCAGUUUGGAAAAUCAAGCUCUCAGAGAGAAAGAGCUCCAUCCUCCUAGAAGUGCUGAAACUCCAAACAGAGAAGAAACCAGUAGAGCUGAUAGACUGGACAGAAGAAGAGAGUGAAGUAAAAGGAUUCCUCCAGUGUCUGCCCUACAUCUCUGGAUUGAGAUUUGUUGAGCCACAGAAUGAACCAUCUCAACUGUGGAACAAACAAAAGAGAUUUAUACUAGAUGUGUGUCUUCAAGCUGCUCUUCACCAGAAAGAGACAAUAGAAGCAACUGUGAAGAUACUGCUGUCAUCUGUUAAUUAUGAGAAAUCAGAUUUUCUGCUGGAUCUGUGGUCAAAUAUGAAGGACUUUGAAAGUCAAAAAGGCAAGAGUGUCUUUUCAGCUUUAAGACCAGUUUUUAAGUCAGCUCCUGAUGUCUGGAUCAUAGAUCUCUCACAGAGAAAGAGCUCCUUCCUCGAAAAAGUGCUGAAACUCCAAAAAGAGAAGAAACCAGUAGAGUUGAGAGACUGGGCAGAUGAAAGUAUCGAAGUAAAGGAAUUCCUUCGAUGUCUGCCUCACAUCUCACAACUGAGAUUUGUUGUACCACAGACAGAAACACCUGAACUCUGGAACAAAAGAAAGAGAUUUAUACUAGAUUUGUGUCUUCAAGCUGCUCUCCACCAGAAAACGACAAUAGAAGCAGCUGUGAGAAUACUGCCGUCAUCUGUCAAUUAUGAGAAAUCAGAUUUUUUGCUGGAUCUGUACUCACAUGUGAAAGACCAUGAGACUCAAACAGGCAAGAGUGCCUUUCCAGCAUUACAGCCAAUUUAUCAGUCAGCUCCUGCAGUCUGGAAAAUAAAGCUCUCAGAGAGAAAGAGCUCCAUCCUCCUAGCAUUGCUCAAACUUCAAGCAGAGAAGAAACCAGUAGAGCUGAUAGACUGGACAGAUGAAGAGAGUGAAGUGAAGGAAUUCCUCCAGUGUCUGCCCUACAUCUCACAGCUGAGGUCUGUAUUAAAUACUUCCUUCACAUUUAAUU